UGGCAGGUGAGGCAGUUUCCUGAGUGACAGCAUGUGUCCAUCUGCUCUGCUCUCCCCACAGAUGAAAUCAUGCACCAGGACAUCAGCCCGCUCUGCGCUGCGGACAUCCAGGACCAGCUGCAGAAGUGCUUCGCUUACCUGUCUGGCGGGCGGGGGCAGGACGGCAGCCCCGUCAUCACCUUCCCCGACUACCCAGCCUUCGGUGAGGUCCCGGACAAGGAGUUCCAGAAUGUCAUGACCUACCUCACCAGCAUCCCCAGCCUGCAGGAUGCCGGCAUUGGGUUCAUCCUGGUCAUAGACCGGAGGCAGGACAAAUGGACCUCAGUGAAGGCGUCGGUCCUGAGAAUCGCGGCGUCCUUCCCGGCUAACCUGCAGCUCGUCCUUGUCCUGCGCCCAACGGGAUUUUUCCAGAGGACACUCUCUGACCUCGCCUUCAGGUUCAACAGAGAUGACUUUAAGAUGAAGGUACCGGUCAUAAUGCUGAGCUCAGUACCUGAAUUACACGGUUACAUCGACAAGUCCCAGCUGACGGAGGACUUGGGCGGGACGCUGGAUUACUGCCACUCCAGAUGGCUGUGUCACCGCACAGCCAUUGAGAGCUUCGCCCUCACAGUUAAGCAGACGGCACAGACGCUGCAGGUGUUUGGGACUGAGCUGGCUGAGACGGAGCUGCCCAACGACGUCCAGUCCACGAGCUCCGUGCUCUUCGCUCACACAGAAAAGAGGGACCGAGCGAAGGAGGACAUGAGGCUGGCACUGGACGAGGGGCAGAGCGUCCUGGAGAGCCUCAGGGAGCCUCUGGCCAAGAGCCCAGAGCAGAGCCUGAACCAGGACCAGCUGGACAGUCAGACCACCGUGCAGAGGCUCCUGGCCCAGCUGAAUGAAACCGAGGCCGCCUUUGAUGAGUUUUGGGCAAAACAUCAGCAGAAACUCGAGCAGUGUCUGCAGCUCCGGCAUUUUGAGCAGGAUUUCCGGGAGGUCAAGGCCGCCUUGGACGCGUUGGCCCAGAAGAUAGCCACCUUCACUGACGUGGGCAACAGCCUGGCACACGCGGAGCACCUCCUGAAGGACCUGGCCAGCUUCGAGGAGAAGUCCAGCGUGGCCGUGGGGCGAGCCCGUGCCCUGUCCCUGGAGGGCGAGCAGCUCAUCAGCCACAAGCAUUAUGCCGUGGACUCUAUCCGCCCCAAGUGCCACGAGCUCGGGCACCUGUGCGACCAGUUUGCGGCAGACGUCGGGCGGAGGAGGGCGCUGCUGAGCCAGUCGCUGGAGCUGCACGGCCUCCUGGAGGCGUCCAUGAGGUGGUGUGAUGAGGGCAUCUACCUGCUGGCCUCACAGCCAGUGGACAAGUGCCAGUCCCAGGACGGCGCCGAGGCGGCUCUCCAGGAGAUCGAGAAGUUUCUGGAGACUGGAGCAGAAAACAAGAUCCGGGAACUCAGUAGACUCUACCAGGACUAUGAGCCCAUCCUCACCCCGGAGCUAAGGGAGCACGUGCAGAAAGUUUUCCAGAAGCAGGAGAGCAUGGAGGAGAUGUUCCACCGGAGACAGGCGAGCCUGAAGAAGCUGGCGGCCAAGCAGACGCGGCCCGUGCAGCCGGUGGCCCCGCGGCCCGAGGCGCUCACGAAAUCUCCCUGCCCCUCCCCAGGCAUCCGGAGAGGCUCUGAGAACCACAGCUCCGACGGCAGCGCAACCCGGAGGGGGCCCUACCGCAGGGCCAAGAGCGAGAUGAGCGAGGGCCGGCCGGGCCGGGGCAGCUCCACCGGGGACGAGGAGGAGAGCCUGGCCAUCCUGCGGAGGCAUGUGAUGAACGAGCUGCUGGACACGGAACGGGUCUACGUGGAGGAGCUGCUGUGCGUCCUGGAGGGCUACGCCGCCGAGAUGGAGAACCCUCUAAUGACGCACCUCAUCUCGACCGGCCUUCAUAACAAGAAGGACAUUCUCUUUGGAAACAUGGAAGAAAUCUACCACUUUCAUAACAGAAUAUUCCUGAGGGAGCUGGAGAACUACAAAGACUCCCCCGAGCUGGUGGGGAGGUGCUUUCUGGAAAGGAUGGAGGAAUUCCAGGUCUACGAGAAGUACUGCCAGAACAAGCCGCGCUCCGAGAGCCUGUGGAGGCAGUGCGCCGACUGCCCGUUCUUCCAGGAAUGUCAGAGGAAGCUGGACCAUAAGCUAAGCCUGGACUCCUACCUGCUGAAGCCCGUCCAGAGGAUCACCAAGUACCAGCUGCUGCUCAAGGAAAUGCUGAAAUACAGCAAGAACUGCGAGGGGGCCGAGGACCUGCAGGAGGCGCUGAGCUCCAUCCUGGGCAUCCUCAAGGCGGUGAACGACUCCAUGCACUUGAUCGCCAUCACUGGCUACGAGGGGAACCUGAGCGACCUGGGGAAGCUGCUGAUGCAGGGCUCCUUCAGCGUCUGGACCGACCACAAGAAGGGCCACGCCAAGGUGAAGGACCUGGCCAGGUUCAAGCCCAUGCAGCGCCACCUGUUCCUGCAUGAGAAGGCCGUGCUGUUCUGCAAGAGGCGGGAGGAGAGCGGGGAGGGCUACGAGAAGGCCCCGUCCUACAGCUACAAGCAGUCCCUGAACAUGACAGCCGUUGGCAUCACGGAGAAUGUGAAAGGGGACACGCGGAAGUUUGAGAUCUGGUACAACGCCCGGGAGGAGGUUUACAUCGUACAGGCACCGACUCCCGAAAUCAAGGCCGCGUGGGUGAGCGAGAUCCGCAAGGUGCUGACCAGCCAGCUGCAGGCGUGUCGAGAGGCCAGCCAGCACAGAGCCCUGGAGCAGUCCCAUAGCCUGCCGCUGCCUGCGCCUGCCAACACCAGCCCCUUGAAAGGGAACACAAGAAACAUCAAAAAGUUGGAAGAAAGGAAAACAGACCCGCUCAGCCUGGAGGGAUAUGUGAGCUCCACAUCGUUGCCGAGGCCCCCGGACAAGGGCAGAGGCUGGAGCAGAACGUCUCACCCGUCAGAGGCCCCUGAGGACAACAACGGCUGGUCCAGCGCGGAGGAGCCCAUUAACUCCUCAGACGCGGAGGAAGAAGGCGGAGUGGGCCUCCGGAAGCUGGUCCCCGGGAAGUACACCGUCACGGGGCCGGACGAGAAGGGGGGCCCCGACGCGCUGGCCGUGAGAAGCGGGGACGAAGUGGAGUUGGUGCAGGAGGGCGACGAGGGCCUCUGGUAA